GUCCUCCUUAAUCUCCUUGGAAGGAUUCAACGUUUGUCUUCCACUCUCUCCCCCUUCGCUGCAAAUCAUUCCCUCUUUCAAGAAAAAGUUGAAAAAAAAAAACAGCCAGCACCUUACAUGUGAUGCAUCAUCCUUCAUCUUUCUAGCUAGCCCUCUCUUUCUUGGUGUCAGAGCCAAAAACAAGGAGAAAAGUUAGCUGCUUAAAUACACUGAAAGUGCAAAUUUUUUUUAUUUUUUAUUUUCAGAGAAUGAAUGGUCUUUCAAUUUCAAUUACAGAACCAGAUCUUUCUGAGUUCGUCGAAGUUGAUCCAACUGGGAGAUAUGGCAGAUACAAUGAAAUACUUGGAAAAGGGGCUUCAAAGACAGUUUACAGAGCAUUUGAUGAGUAUGAAGGGAUUGAAGUUGCUUGGAACCAGGUCAAGCUGUAUGAUUUCCUGCAAAGCCCUGAAGAUCUUGAGAGGCUCUAUUGUGAAAUUCACCUGCUGAAGAUAUUGAAUCACAAAAACAUUAUGAAGUUCUACACCUCUUGGGUUGAUACUGCCAAUAGGAACAUCAAUUUUGUAACUGAAAUGUUCACUUCUGGAACACUCAGACAGUAUAGGCUGAAGCACAAAAGGGUUAAUAUUAGAGCAGUGAAGCAUUGGUGCAGACAGAUCUUGAAUGGAUUACUCUAUCUCCAUAGCCAUGAUCCCCCAGUGAUCCACAGAGAUCUCAAGUGUGAUAACAUCUUUGUGAAUGGGAAUCAAGGGGAAGUUAAAAUUGGGGAUCUUGGCCUAGCUGCUAUUCUCAGAAAAUCACAUGCUGCUCAUUGUGUUGGAACCCCUGAAUUCAUGGCCCCAGAAGUGUAUGAAGAGGAAUAUAAUGAAUUGGUUGACAUCUAUUCUUUUGGGAUGUGUAUCUUGGAAAUGGUCACUUUUGAAUACCCAUAUAGUGAAUGCACUCAUCCUGCUCAGAUCUACAAGAAAGUUAUCUCUGGGAAGAAACCAGAGGCAUUGUAUAAAGUGAAGGAUCGUGAGGUACGCGAAUUCGUUGAAAAAUGCUUAGCCACUGUCUCCUUAAGGCUAUCAGCAAGGGAGCUUUUGGAUGAUCCAUUCCUUCAACUCGAAGAUUGCGAGCACGAUUUAAGGCCUACGAGGAGAGAGUUAGAUUACAUGGACCCUCUAUUAAGGCAGCCAGUUCUCGAGCUGGACUGUGAAGGAACGUCGUUUAGUAAUGGUUUCUACAAUGGGUACUGCAACGGUUAUGCAUAUGAAGAAGAGGAGAAAGGAUGGGCGUGUGACCCUAAUGAAUUCGAUCAAAAUGGAAUCGAGCUUUUCGAGUACAAUGAUGAUGAACGCGAGGAUCAUUCCUCUAAUUUGGAUAUAAGUAUCAAAGGGAAGAGAAGAGAGGAUGGUAGCAUCUUUUUAAGACUUAGGAUUUCAGACCAAGAAGGUCGAAUCAGGAAUAUCUAUUUCCCGUUCGAUGUUGAAUCCGAUACAGCGUUAAGCGUUGCUACUGAAAUGGUGGCAGAGCUGGAUAUUACUGACCAAGAUGUUACUAAGAUAGCUGAUAUGAUAGAUGGGGAGAUUUCGAAAUUAGUGCCUGAUUGGAGACCAGGGCCUGGAUUAGAUGUAAUCUCUCACUUUGCAAAUCCCACCUUCUGUUACAAUUGUGUUUCCAACCAUACUUCCACAGGUUCCUUUAUGAAUUUCCUGUCAAAUAAUCCCUCAGCUGCCAAGAAUCUACACUUCUUGCAGUGCAGUAGUUGUGCCACACAUGGCCGGUUCGAGGAGAUUACGUUUCAACCAAAUAGCCCUCGGCUAAAUAAUGCUUCUAACCAUGAAGACGAUCCGGCUUCAUCGAGCCAAAUAAAUGGCUUCCAUCACAUGGAAUAUUGGGACAGGCACGAAAGCCUCGAGUGCAGCUCAGUGUGCUCCGGGGAGAGCCAUUCCCUCGAAGAAAUCGAGAAACAGUAUCAAGAAGUUUCGAGUGUGGUUGCAAAAGAGGCGGGCGAGAUAAAGACUAGUAAGGUUCCAUCCAGUGCAGAAGAUUUCUUGAAAUCUUCGUCUUCAAUGAUUCAUACACCAUCAUCUGACCUCUCGGACGAAUUUGAGCAGGAGAUUCAGCAGAGUAACAGAUAGAGUUGAGGGAAUUUUAAAUUUACUGAUUUUUUGAGAAAUUGAGCCAUGAAUCCAUGAUCUUCAAUCGUCUUUAAGAUCAGCCGAUAAUGCAGACAUAUCAAGAACCGCGAUUUCAUCUUAUGAAACUCUACACUUGAAAGCUUCUGGUUGUGUUCCAAAGUUGUGGUCAAAUACACAUGACAACACUUAAAAGUGCUGCCCCAGUUCUGGUACCCCAAAGGGCCCGAAAAUGUGAGGCGAACAGAUCGAUUUCUCUACUGUCAAGCAAUGGCUACUGCAAAGAAAAAAAACUUUGUUUUAUCAACAACUUCAGCACAUCAUCACCGGUUGACACUGUUUGUUCAUAAUGUUUUCAGGCUCAUAUUCAUGUUCCUAAAUUUUCACAAAAAUUGCAGGCUGUAUAAUCCAUCCCUCAAUGAUCUAAAACCAUGAGGCACCCUUUCACAGUUUCACCCCCCUUCCCCUCUUUGUCCAUUCACACCCUCUUUUCUUCACAUUGUUAGAUUGACUAUAGAACAUUGUCUUGUUGAGAAAAGCCUCAUUGAGGAUUUGAGGGUCAAAUGUAAGUAUACCAAGAGAAAUGUAAUUAUUAAGGCUUAGGAUUCCCUUAUGGGAUGCCUUCUUGUUCCCAUUACUGUCAUCUUGAUCAAUUAUUCAAACAUUUAUAUUUUAGAAA